AUGGACGAGCUGAAGGCGCUGCUAAAGAACCAGAACAAGCUCUUCGAAGAUUUGCUCAAGAAGCAGCAGGCCGAGCCCCGAGCGGUAGCACCAGGGCCCCACAAUGUGCCGCUCCCUCCGCCAUUGUCCUUGGAAGGGGACAUGGACGAGAAUUACGCGUUCUUCGAGGACAACUGGAACAAUUAUGCCACAGCGGUGGGCAUGGGAGACUGGCCGGAAGCGGACAACCCGAAAAAAGUGAGCUUUUUGCUGUCGAUCGUUGGCCCCGAUGCGCUGAAAAAGUUCAGCAACUUCGAUCUGACGCAAGCCGACAGGGCUACGCCGACAACCGUAUUGGCCGCCAUCAAGAAGAAGGUUACUCGAACCAGAAACGUAAUCGUGGACCGACUGGACUUCUUCUCAGCAGCCCAGUCACCGGUGGAAAGUAUCGACGAGUACACAUCCCGACUGAAGUCGCUGGCCAAGCCGGCAAAACUCGGAGCCGUGGAAGCAGAACUAAUCACCUUCAAGCUGGCCACCUCCAACAAGUGGCCUCAUCUGAGGUCCAAGAUGCUCACAAUGACGGAUUUGUCGGAAGCGAAGGCGGUAGAUCUGUGCCGUGUGGAGGAAAUCACGGCCAAGCACGUUCAGGUGCUGUCUGCGGACAAGCUGUCGGAGGUGAAUAAGCUCACAGCAUCGUCGUCGAAGGCCCGCCAGUGCAAGUUCUGUGGCGAUUGGCAUGCGUUCACCAAAGGAUCGUGCCCAGCCUACGGAAAGAAGUGCAAGCUUUGUUCCGGCAAGAAUCACUUCGAGAAGGUGUGCCGGAAGAAUCGGGCUCGAAUGAGUUCGUCGAAGCGCAACAGUGUGCGCCGCGUCAAGAAGAUCAACGACGAAUCCUCGGAGGACAGCGAGUCGGACGACGAGUGGAGCGUUCAGUCCGGAACAGAGACGGAGAUUGAAGGCGAAAUCGGCAAGAUCUUCGAUAACUCGAAGAAAGGGGGAAACGUUCUUGCGGAAGUGUCCCUGAAAGUGAAAGGCAAGUGGAAAAGUGUGAAGUGCGAGCUGGAUACGGGAGCAAACACGAGCUUGAUUGGCCACGACUGGUUGUGCAAGCUGACGGGAGAGUCGGACCCCGAAUUGCAGCCGUCACCGUUCAAACUCCAAGCGUUCGGCGGUGGCAUCAUUAACGUUAUGGGCCAAGUCAAGCUGCCGUGCAAGUGCCAGAACAAGAGGUACAUUCUCGUGCUUCAAGUCGUCGACGUCAGUCACAGGCCGUUGCUGUCGCUGAAGGUCUGUACCACGUUCGGCCUGAUCAAGUUCUGCAACUCCGUUAGCAUGGUUCCAGCUGAAGUGAGGCCGGAAGGAGCUCAAGAUCUGAUGCGAAUCUACCGCAUCGAAGCUGAGAAGAUCGUCGACGAGUUCGGCGACGUUUUUCGUGGCUACGGAAAAUUCGACGGAGAAGUCACCCUGGAGAUCGACGAGUCGGUGCCGCCGGUGAUUCAGCAGCCUCGCCGAGUCCCGAUAGCUCUGCGGCCGAAGCUGAAAGCCGAACUGGACCAGUUGGAUAAGGAUGGAAUCAUCGCGCGAGAGUACAGCCACACCGAAUGGAGACCAAAUCUGCAAUUUGUGACGCUGGACGAGAUUUUGCCGGAGUUGGGUCAGGCAAAGGUUUUCUCGACCGUGGAUGCACGGAAGGGUUUCUGGCACGUGGUGCUAGACGAGCAGAGCAGCAAGUUGACUUCGUUCUGGACUCCAUUUGGACGCUAUCGGUGGCUGCGACUUCCGUUUGGCAUCUCCCCGGCGCCGGAAAUUUUCCAGUCCAAACUGCAGGGGAUAGUCCAAGGAUUGAACGGGGUCGAGUGCAUAGCAGAUGACGUCUUGGUGUACGGCCGUGGUGCAACGAUGGAGGAAGCGCUACGUGACCACAACGCAAAUCUGAAGAACCUCCUCUCGCGCUUGAAGCUAAACCACGUCAAACUCAACAAUUCGAAACUCAAGCUCUGUGAGACAUCCGUCAAGUUUUACGGACACGUUCUCACCACCGAAGGGCUUCAACCGGACCACACCAAGAUCUCGACCAUAAAGCACUACCCGGUGCCAACCAGCAGGACGGAACUGCACCGUUUCAUUGGGAUGGUCACAUACCUCAGCCGAUUCAUUCCCAAUUUGAGCGCCGCCUUCACAAGGCUGCGGCGGUUGAUUUCGGAGAAAGAACCGUGGCGUUGGACUCGAGAGGAGGACGAAGAUUUCUCCAAGGUGAAGUCGCUAGUGUCCGAUAUCACAACGCUGCGGUACUACAACGUUCGAGAGCCGUUGACUAUCGAGUGCGACGCGAGCUGCUUCGGUCUCGGAGUGGCCGUCUUCCAGAAGGACGGCAUCGUGGGCUACGCGUCGAGAACGUUGACGGACACGGAGAAAACUACGCUCAAAUCGAGAAAGAGUUGCUUGCGAUUCUUUUUGCAUCGACUGCAGCACAUGCUCCUGAACCUGCAACGUUACCAUCUGGCGUUGGAGUUUGUCACCGGAAAGGAGAACGUUGUGGCAGAUGCGCUCUCUCGCGCACCUCACAGCGACUCGACUGUGCGUGACGAGUACCAGAAGCUGAACAUCUACAAGAUCUUCAAGCAACUCGAAGAUUGCAACGUAAGCGGCUACCUGAGCAUCUCCGACAACUGCCUGGACACGAUCAUGAAGGCGACUGAACAAGACGCAGCCCUACAGACGGUGAUCGAUUUCAUUCGGAACGGUUGGCCCAGCACCAUCGAUCGCGUUCCCUCAGCCGCUAAAAUCUACUUCAAGUACCGAAGCGAGCUGUCCACGCAAGACGGAUUGGUGUUCAGGAACGAUCGUAUUCUGAUCCCGUGUGCACUGCAGCGGUCCAUGAUCGACAAAGUGCACGUGAGCCACAACGGUAUCGAGUCUACACUGAAGCUUGCGCGAGAGAACAUCUUCUGGCCCGGAAUGAGCGCGCAGAUUACGGAUGUGGUGAAGGAGUGCCAUGUCUGCGCUAAAUUCGCUGCAAGUCAGCAGAAACCGCCGAUGCAGAGUCACGCAGUUCCGAUCUAUCCGUGGCAAGUCGUUUCGAUGGACGUGUUCUUCACCAGCUACCAGGGAAAGCGACACCAGUUUCUUGUGACGGUGGACCACUACUCGGACUACAUCGAAUUGGAUAUCCUCAAGGACAUGUCUGCCAGAAGCCUAAUCGUUGUCACGGACAACGGGACAAACUUUGUGAACGAGGAGAUGAAGGAAAUGGCGAUCAAGUGGAACUUCAAGCAUUCGACUUCGGCCCCUCACCACCAGCAGGCAAACGGCAAAGCGGAAGCAGCGGUGAAGAUUGCGAAGAGGUUGAUCCAAAAGGCGGAGGAAACCGACCAGGACGUUUGGUACGUCUUGCUGCAUUGGAGGAACAUCCCGAACAAGAUCGGCAGCAGUCCGGCGAGCAGGCUGUUCUCACGCAGCACAAGGUGUGGAGUACCCGCUUCGUUCGAGAAAUACACUCCUCGAAUCGUGCAGAACGUUCCGGAAGCAAUUCUGGAAAACAAGAGGAAGGUCAAAUACUACUACGAUCGAAAAUCUCGCAACUUACCUGCACUGGAGACUGGCUCGCCGGUGUACGUCCAGGCUCACCCCGAAAUCAGCAAAACUUGGACGCCAGCGAUUGUGACCGAGAAACUGAACGAUCGCUCGUAUGUGGUGGACGUGAAUGGAGCUAGCUAUCGCCGAGACCUGACCAACCUGCGACCGCGCAAAGAACCAACAACAAUCCCUCUCGUUCCAGCCCAAAGCCAUCCACCAACCGAAUCAAGUGCUGCACAAACUGGCGCUGAUUUGACAGCUGAACCUGAAGCGUCGUCGCUUGCUGCGAUGAGGUUCGACGAAACUGCAACAACGACAACAACAUCACCCGUUGUCAACCAAUCAGCUGCUGCCACCCCGUCGGUGCGAGAGAGAGGAAGCCAGCUUGCUGCGAUCAACACACCCGGCAAGCAAACCACAGAUGCGACGAACAGACCAACACGCGAGAGAAAAAUUCCAAGCAAGUUUGCGGACUACGUUUUGGAAACUUAA